CUCUCUGAAGUCGUUUGGUUUGUGUUUUGGUUAACUCAGUCUAGUGCGGUGUCGUCUGUCGGCAACUAGCUCCGUAAGCGAUAGGCAACUUUUAUUUACAUGGACAACAGUUUACUCGUAUAAGUAAACAAGAUCAACCAGAAGAUUGCUUGUGCAGCAGACGACACUGAGGAAAUCGUGCAGACAUGUCUAGACUUACCAUGGAGAACCUAGAGCAGCUUGACGGUGCCAAGCAACCGUCACGGCGCAUGUCUAUUAUGCCUCGUGAUGGAGAAGGCAUGACGUCCGGGCCGUCGAUCAGAAGGAUGUCCCGAAUGAUCGAACCUCGACAAAGCGUUCAAUAUGGCAGACGUAUGUCCCAUGUGUCAAGAAGUAGCAUAUCCGGGGCGUCUUUCGGCGCCAAACACAUGUUUGCUGCAGUGAAGAUACAAAACUCAUAUAGGCUUGGUCCGGAUAAGGAGGACAAAUUCAACGCUUCACGUGCCGAACAGACGAUGAAACGCGUGCUGGAGUCGUACUUGGAUGGAGAACAAUAUGACAACAAUCUAUGUAACAACCUGACCAGAGACUUGUCUGAAGUUAUCAAAGCACGCAUCAAAGAUCUUGGUUUCAGUCACAGGUACAAGUUUGUGUGUGUUGUUACCAUGGGCGAGAACAAGAACCAGGGACUUGCUCUCAGCAGCCGGAGCGUGUGGAACACAGACACGGACAAUUAUGCAUCUGCCACGUAUUCCAAGGGCAAUUUGUUCGCCGUAGCCCAGAUAUAUGCAACAUAUUUUGAAUAAUGUACAAUAGUUCAUUUAUCAUGUAAAGAAUAUUUCAUACAUCGUGUAAUUUGAAUCACGACCAGCUGACAUCCAUCUUAUUGACGUCGCCGCUAUUUCUCCAUACGUCGGGAUAGUAUGCAGUUGGUGUGAGAAUCAUAGCUCUUUUAUGACCAAAAAGGUUAUUCCUAUAAUUAUGUGAGAACGCAUAACGAAAUAUGUCGUCUGACCCAUCAUUUCUAACGUCUUACGUGGACGCGACGUACGAACGAUUCAGGUCACGGUCACAACCUGAAUAUUUAUUCCGACAAAAGUAUGUUAGCAUCCGUCCACUUAGAUAGGCCUAGCGCCACUAAUCAGCGUCCAACUGUGAUAUAUAACGCCUGCUUUGUGUUAUAUUAACAUAUAGCUGAACAACAAUUGUUGUCCAUUACCCCAGUUUUACACGUGGAUAUCUCUAGAAUGAACGGCGCAGUGGUGACCACGCAAAGAUUCAUGUAAGAAUGGCGUUAACUUUUCCAAACUUUUCCAAAGCCUCUUUUCGAAAUGUGCCAAUAUAUUGUUUACAAAGUUGAGUGUAUCCAGCAAUAUGUAAACAAAUAUAACUUAAUUUCAAAUGGUCGUGUUAUAUGAUAUUCUACUCCGUCCGCAAACGUUGCAACUUUACGGCAAUGACGAUAGCCAGGUAUUAUACAUGUAUACGUAUGUCAUUCUUUACAAUGUCUGUGUUAUGAUGAAAUCCUUUCUUGUUGAAUAUUUUUGUGUUAUUAUGACUAUAUAAAAAACAGUUUAUAAAUAUUUCAUAUAUUUCUUUGUGGAUUCAAAUUGAAUGUUUCUGUAUGUCUACAAAUAGUGUAUAUACAAGAGCCUACUUAUUAAACACUUCAUAUACACUG